GCGGGCGAGGGGCGUGGCCAAAGAGUGGGCAGGCCUGGGGGUGGGCCCGGCGUAGGGGUCACGCGGAAGAGAGCCCCCCGGAACGGUGAGAGCUGGGAAUUGGCGCUUUGGUUCUUUUGGUUCAUUGAGUGCUGGCAGCUAUGUCUACUUAAAAGGAGAGGAGCAAAGGCGAAUUUCUUCGCCCUGGAUCCGUGGGAGCUGUGAAAAGCUCUCGUCUUCUACCCCAUCACCCUCUAUAGCUGGCCGCUUGCUCUCCGUCGCCCUGCCUCUAGGGCGUUGGGAGGGGGCGAGCCUGUUACCCCUCUUGCCUUCCAGGUCUUUUGUCGCUGAAGGGCAGAAAGGUUCUCAUGGGUGAUUGUCUCCUUGCAACUUUCUUUCUUUGACCGCCAGGCCAAAUCACGUCCAAAGCCCUGAUAUUUUGGGGGGUUGUUGUUUGUUGGCUUGCUUUUUUGCAUUAACGUGGGCGCUUUUACAACCGUGAACCCUCUGUGGUCAUCGUGUAUGGGCUAAAGGUUUGGAUGGCAAAAGAUUAGGAGUUUUUGAAACAUGACAAAUUUGGGACCAGAAUUUUGAAAGAGGCCGAGGAAUUUUCCAGCAGAGACCUCCAUGUGCCAGUGAUUUUGUCCUAAUCUGAAACUCUCGUGCUCCAGCUUUCACUUGUAACUUCUGUCCCAUUUAGUGCAUCUUAACUGUGAUAUGAUUGACUUACCAUUUAUCACAUGAGCAGGGCACUUUUGGGCCACCCAACUUCAGCUAUUUAUGGAUGUCACUCACCCUCAGUGAUGUGCAGCUCAGAACCUUUUCUCACUAUCCUCUUCAGGAGGGGAGGAAAGGUUGUUACAAAUGGUAGAAUUCAUACCAUGUGUUGGGAUCAUUUAUUACAUAAACAUAUAGAAAACAUGUUCAUUGUGACUUUAUCCAUUAAACUUAAAUUGAUGUUUCAAAAUAAUGGGCUGUGCCAGAUUCACAUGGAAAUAAGCAUUCAUAUGCGUAUACAAGAAAGACCACUUCAAAACAAUUUGCUUUUCCUAGUUUUAUCAGAGGCCUUUUCCUGUAAAAGUUAGGUCCUGCUUCUUUAGAAUUGGACUAAUUAUACUUUAGUAUAUAUUACACUUUAAUUCAUUUUUUCAUUAUUCAGUCCUAUUCUUGUUUUCUUGAAAAACAUUUACCAGAAGUCCAGAAAAGAAAGGCAAACUCUAUAUUGGAAUUUUUUGUUCUCUAAUAAAAAGCAUUAACUUGAUUGAUUGGCUGGGUGUGGAAGAUGUGUUGCUGCAUGUAUGUGAAACUGUGCAUGUACAUUUUAAAAUAAAUGGUAUUUUAAACCAGUUCCAUAUUUCAGCAAGUAGUUCCAGUAACAAUUAUACAAAUUUUGUAUUUAUGAAAACCAGCUACAAGGAGGCCAGCCUGGCCAGUAGAAAGUUGGAUUGAUUACCUAGGCCACAGAGAGCGCCAGAGAAAUCUCACAUGGCGUGGCAGUUCCAAGUUGGUAGUGGUGGAGCUUCAAAUCAGGCUGGAAAUCAGUACCAAAUGGAUUUGUAAAAUUUUAGUCUGGGGUAUGAAUAUUCUCUGUUCUUGUUUAUGGAUCCUGACUGACUGACUUUUUCUUUUUCAAUUUUAUUUAUUUUGAGAGAAAGAGAGUGCAAAUAAGGAAGGGACUGAGAGAGAGGGAGAUAGAAUGCCAAGCACUGGCAGCAUGGAGCUGGAUGUGGGCUUGAACUCACAAACCCUGAUAUCAUGUGAGCCGAAACUUAGAGUGGGACACUUAACCAACUGAACCACCCAGGCGCCCCUGAAUGACUGAUUUUAAUAUGAAAGAACACCUAUGGGAGAAGUACAUUGAGUUUGCAGUGUUUUAAUAAAAAUGUAGUAGAAAUUGAGAAGAAAAAAACUUAAAAAUUCAUCAGAAAAGUUAGAUAACUCUACAAGUCUUGAGCAUUUUAUUUUCUAAAUAUCAAUUAUUAUUAUUUUUUUGUGCUCUGGAAGAGACCUUGCAAGUUUUCUGGUCCAUUCUCUUAGACUCUUCAUAAGUCCUGCUGAGCGUGUAGAAAUUUCUCUGUUAAGAUCAGUGAUACAGGAACAUCUAUAAUCUUGGUACCUUUCUCUAGUUAUAGGAAGGCAGAGUUUUAAAGGACAUUACCUUUUUUGAAACUGUAUACUAUGUAUACUCUGUUUUCUAAAGAAUUCAGUGGUUUUUGGUAAAUUUAGUAGAUUUUUAGAAUUGUGCAGUAAUUAGUACAGUUCAUUUUUAGAACAUUUGCAUCACCCUAACAGCUUUGCAUGUGCAAAUUCAUAGUCAAUCCUAACUCUGGCUUUCAGCCUCAGGCAACCAUUGAUUUGCUUUCUUGUCUCUAUAGAUUAGCCUUUUGGGGGCAUUUCAUAUAAAUAGAUUCAUAAAAGUGCUGUCUUUUGGUUUCUUUCACUUAGCAUGAUGUUUUUGAGAUUCAUUCAUUUUGUAGCAUGUAUCGAUAGUUUGCUCCUGUUUAUUGCUGAAUAAUAUCCCAUUGUAUGUCUCUACCACAUUUUGUUUAUCUGUUCAUCAGUUGAUGGACACUUGAGUUGCUUCUACUUUUUGGUUAUGAAUAAUGCGCUGUCAGUAUUCAUAUGUAAGUCUUUGGACGUAUGCUUUUAUUAUUUUUGGGGGGUGUUUAUGAGUGGAAUUGCUGAGUUGUAUAAUAAGUUCAUGUUUAACUUUUUAAGAAAGUGUCAGACUUUUCCAAUGUGGCUAUACCAUAUUAUAUUCCCACCAGCAGUGUAUGGGGGUUUUAAUUUUUCCACGACUUCAUUUGUUAAUUGUGUCUCUUUAAAUAGCCAUCCCAGUGGGUGUGAAAGUAGUAUCAUUGUGGUUUUAAUUUGCACUUCCCUAUUGGCAAACGAUGUUGACUAUAUUUUCAUGUACUUAUUAGCAAUUUCUAGGUCACUUUUGAAAUGUCGAAACAUUUUGUCCAUUUUUUAAUUGGGUAUGUCAGCCUUUUAAAAGUAAAAGGUUUAAGAAGUAAAAGGUGAUUCAGGCAGCAAAAUCAGGUUUACUCAGGAACAGCAGAGGAAUUGCAAUUCUGGACAAGCAAACUAUGGUGAACCUUAGGUGAGUCCUGAGAACAAAGCAGGAGAGUGUCCUUUUAUAAAGGAAAGGAGUUUGAGAGGGUCUGUUUUGAACAAAAGUUCAUUGGAAGAAAAUGAGAAUUUGAAGUGGUGGUGGCUUCUAAUUGGUUGUAGGUGAGGGCAGCUUGCUGUUGCUGGGCAGAAAGGAAACCUUCCUUCUUCCUGCUGGGAGUAUGCAAGUUGGGAUGAAUGAUAUGUGUAUUAGUCAUCUCUUCAUGGUUUCCAAACUCCAGUUUUCAGUUAGGGUUCCUUAUCAUAUUUUCACACUUUUCUUCCAAUCAACUCUUCACCAAUCAAGAGUUGGGUCAUCUGUUCCUCGUUAGAAUUGUUUUUGUCUUUCAGUGUCAGGAAGGACACUUCCUGAAUGUCAUGUCCCACAUCAGAGGGAAGUGCACAGAUUGGAAAUCAUGGAAGCCACGUUUGAGUAACAAACAGUGGGAGGGGGAACUCUCAGGUAUUUUACAUCCGAAAUCUGUAACCAUUCAAGGUUAUAAGCUAAAAGGAGCAAAGGACCCUACCUAGAUCUUCAGGUGGAAUUUAUUGUAGUCAGUGUGCUUGUUCCCUAAUUUUAUGUGAUUGGGUUUCUACUUUGGAGGGUUUGUCCAUGUGCAACAGGUGGUGUUUGCUAUUGUAUAAAUGCUUCGUUUGGCAAGUAGGUAAUCAAAGGCUAUAUGCAUAUCUUGAAGAUAUUGUGGGUUCAGUUCCAGAACACUGCAAUAAAGUGAAUAUUACAGUAAAAUAAAUAUUGCAAUAAGGUGAGUCAGAUGGAUGUUUUGGUUUCCCAGUGCAUAUAAAUAUGUUUAUAUUGUACUGUAGUCUAUUACGUGUACGAUAGCAUUAUGUCUAAAAAAAUAUAUAUCUUAAUUAAAAAGUACUUUAUUGCUAAAAAACAGCUAACCAUCUGAACUUUCAGCAAGUUGUAAUAACUGAUCACAGAUCAUUGUAACAAAUAUAAUAAUGAAAGAGCAUGAAGUAGCAUAUUACUAGAAUGUGACACAGAGACGCAAAAUGAGCAAAUGCUGUUGAAAAAAAUGGCACUGAUUGACUUGUUUGACAAAGGGUUGCCACAGACCUUCAGUUUGUAAUAAAAGAAUAUAAUAUUUGUGAAGCACAUUAAUAGUGAAGCACAAUUAAAUGAGGUAUACUUGUACUUUAGCCAGUGAGUUAAGUGUUGUUGGGCUGCUAUUGCCUUAGGGCUGGGGUUGGCAAGUUUUCCCAAUUCCAGAGGGAGAUUUCUAAUCAUUUGUUCGUUGUGGUGAAAGUCCACAAAACGGGUAACAGCCGUUCUGAUGGAGGCAAAUCCAGAGUCACAUAUGCCUCCUGGGAAUUAUCUUUUAAUGUGGUGAUGAAGUUUUAAUGGGGAAAACCUGAAAGACUUUAGAUUUAUUGUGGAUGUCGCUGGGGACAGUUAGAACCACCCCCCCCCCCCCCCCAGUAUGCAUUGUCUUACAAUCCCCCAGUGGUCUAAACAUUCACAGGCCCAGUGAUUCACCACAGAGAAAGAUAAAACCAGGUAGUGCAUACGUAAUGUAUGUACACACAUACAUACAUGAUAAUCCUGCUAGGGUUUGAUCACUAAUAAUGAUGUUAAUUGGGAUUAUUUAAUUGGCCCUUUUGAACCAAGGGUCAGAGGUGUUUAGGGAAUAAUUAGGGAGAAACCAUCUUGUUCUGUGGACUUGGUUCUUGAAGGCUGUACAAAGGGGGGUUAUUUUGCUGCAGCAGGUAGACCUAAGGUAGUAGUAAGAAUGAGGAACUGUGUAGAUGGAAUGGGUAUGAUUAGUUGCAUUGAGAGUUAGGACAGGUCAAAAGCAAGGUACAGGAAAACCUGGUUGUAGAAGUUUGACUCAGAAAUCUCCCAAGGGGUGGUGGCAUUGGAGAUGAGGGAGAAGUUUGCUACAGGGAAGACUAAAGGUUCACAGCUGUCAGGGACAGAUCAGGGUUUCUGAGGACAGAUCUAACAGAAAUGUUUCUUCCUUUGGCCAAGGAUUGGGAAAUUUGUGGUGUGUCUCACAUGAUCGGAUGGGGCCCCUAAAAUGUGGGGCCACCCGAUGGGGUGGAAGCUGGCUGUGUAGGCAAUGGAAAGAUUCACCUGAGGCAUAACAAAGGAGACAUUUAUUGAAUACAUUGCAAGGGAGCAUCGGGCAGGCAGGAUAGCAAAGGAGAGAUUGUCUGCUAUGAGGUAGUGGAUGCAGGCUGUUUUUAAAGGGGGGUGGUGAGGAGGUAUGAGCAGAUGGAAUUUUCCCAAAUUUAUUACCUGUGCCUUAUUGUAAGUAUCCCAUUGGUCAGUAAGGGCUUAUGGGUAUUAUGGAUAUUAUGUUGGCCUAAAGGGCCUGUCUGUAUUUAGCCAGGUGGUUGCUGUGGGCCCUUGUGCCUUGAUUAAGUUUCCAUUGUUCAAGUCUGUUGUCUAAAAGUGACCUCUACAAAAUGCAAACAAGGUCAUUGUCUCUCCAGCAUAGAGAAGAAGAAAAUAAAUUGAGAAAAAAGCAGAAAGGGGAGAAUAUACAGGUCUAACCUCAUCAUCUUGGGAAAACUGUUUCAGCUGUUGUUUGAUUCAGUUCCUGGAAAUCUUUAAUUUUAGGUCACUGUUGGUGUGCAGGUUUAGUCAGCAUUUGGGCCUUCCUUUAGAUGAGACACAUGGGUCCAGGAGUCAACUCUGGAGUUUUGAUGGCACAAGAAUUGGUCAGGAAUAUGCCUUUCCAGUGUGGUCGAAGAGAGUCUUUUUGAAGACGUCCUUUCCAAUGGAUGAAAUCUUCAGGUUACAGGGUGUGGUGCUUGGAGUCUUCAUUUCCUGGGAAUGUGCCAUGAAAACAUUGCCCUAUAAGCGCAUGAUUACUUUCAAGGGAUGUAAUGAGACCUUUGCAAUACUGAAAUAUACCUUUUUUUUUUUUUAAGUUUAUUUAUUUAUUUUGAGAGAAAGAGAGAGAGAGCAUGAGCAGGACAGGGGCAGAGAGAAAGGGAGAGAAAGAGAAUACCAAGCAGGCUCUGCACUGUCUGCACGGAGCCCGAUGCUGGGCUCCAGCCCACGAACUGCAAGAUCAUGACCUGAGCCAAAACCAAGAGUCAGAUGCUGAACUGACUGAGCCACCCAGGCGCCCCUGAAAUAUACCUUCUUUUAUUAGCUGUAGGUCAAAAAAGAAUGAAGUUGGAUGCAUGGGGUACUCAAUAAUUAUAUCAAAGGUGCAAACUUGUGGGUUCCAAAGGGGGUGGAUCUGAGAUUAGGAUGGACCAAGGCAGUUCUUUUGGCCAGGGUGUUUGGAGGUUUUCAACAAAUUUUGCCAAUUGAGUUUUGAUAGUGCUGUUGAUUUGUUCAGCUAGUCUUGAAGACCGAGGAUGAGUGAAGGAUGAUAAGUGACAGUGAAAAUGCUACAGAACUGGUCAUACAGCAAAGACUCACCAUAAUAAUCCGCCAAUAAAAUGAAUUUCUUGGUCACUAUGGAGCUAAGAAGGGUUUCUCCAGUAGGUAUGAUUUUUUUUUUCCCCAAGCAGGAUUUUAGCUACUGAAGAGGCAAGUAGCUUGUCUACAAGGAAAGGCUUUGACCCAGUGGGAAGAAGUGAAUCACUGCCAGGACAUAUUUGUAUCCAUGAGAUGGGGGUAGCUGAAUAAAGCCAAUUUUCCAAAUCUCGAAUGGUCCAUUAGGCAAUUUAAAGUACCCAGUAGCGGUGAGGAUAGGUUUCCUUGGAUUGUAUUUUGGGCAGGUGGGAUGAUCAGAGUAGACAUUUUUUGUGGUUUUCUUACUAUUUUGCCCACUAGUAUUCAGAAACCUUAUCGUUUUAUCCAUAGACCAGUUGUUUAAUGCAUGUACAGUGGUCAAUAAUGGGAACUUUAAAAAUAAACUAAAAAAAUUGAGGGCACCUGGGUAGCUCAUUUGGUUAAAUAUCUGACUGUUGAUUUUGGCUCAGGUCAUGGUCACAGGGUUGUGGGAUUGGAGCCUCACAUUUGUGUUGUCAUCGCAGAGCCUGCUUGGGAUUCUCUUGCUGUCUCUGCCCCUCUCCUGCUUGUGUGUGCCCAUGCACAUGCACUCUCUCAAAAUAAAUAAACAUUAAAAAAGUCAAACUCAAAAUGGAUUAAAGACCUAAAUGUGAGACCUGAAACCAUAAAAUUCCUAGAAGAAAACAGGCAGUAAUUUCUUUGACAUUGGCCAUAGAAACAUUUUUCUAGGUAUGUCUCCUGAGGCAAGGGAAACAAAAAAGUAAACUAUUGGGACUACGCCAAAAUAAACAGCUUUUGUACAGCGAAGGAAAGCAUCAACAAAACAAAAGGUACCCUACUGAAUGGGAGAACAUAUUUGCAAAUGGCAUAUCCAGUAAGGGGUUAAUAUCCAAAAUAUAUACAGAACUUACACAACUCGACACCAAAAAUAAUCCAAUAAAAAAUGAGCAGAGGACUUGAAUAGACAUUCCUCCAAAGAAGACCUACAGAUGGACAACAGAUACAUGAAAAGAUGCUCAACCAUCAAGGAAAUGCAAGUCAAAACCACCAUGUGAUAGCACCUCAAACCUGUCAGAAUGGCUGAAAUCAAAAAGACGAGAAAUAACGAGUGUUGAUGAGGAUGUGGAGAAAAAGGAACCCUUAUGCACUGUUGAUGGGAAUGUAAAUUGGUGUAACCAUUGUGGAAAACAGUAUGGAGUUUCCUCAAAGUAUUAAAAAUAGAAUUAUCACUUGAUCCAGUAAUCCCACCACUGUUAUUUACCUAAAGAAAAUGAGAAUACUAAUUUGAAAAGAUAUAUGCACCCUAUGUUUAUUGCAGCAUUAUUUACAAUAGUCAAGAUAUGGAAGCAGCCCUGUGUCCACUGAUAGAUGAAUGGAUGAAGACGAUGUAUUUGUGUGCAUACAUACACACAGAGAAUGGAAUAUUACUCAGCCAUAAAAAAGAAGAGAUCUUGCCAUUUGCAACAACAUGGACGUACCUAGAGGGUACCUAGAGGGUAUAAUGCUAAGUGAAAUAAGUCAGGCAGAGAAAAGACAUACCAUAUAAUUUUACUCUUAUGUGGAGUUUAAGAAGCAAAAACAAAUGAACAAAGAAAAAAAGACAAACAGACUCCUAAGUACAGAGAACAAACUGGUGGUUUCCAGAGGGAGGUGGAUGGAGGGUGGGUGAAAUAAAGAGCGAGAUUAAGAGUAUGUUUUAAACUUGUGGUGCUUGGGUGACUCUGUUGAGUGUCAUACUUCAGCUCAGGUUAUGAUCUUGCAAUUCAUGAGUUUGAGCCCCGCAUUGGGCUCACUGCUGUCAGUGAUCCUUGGUCCCUCCCUCUCUCUCUCUCCACCUUCCCCACUUGUGCUCUGUCUCAAAAAUAAACAUUUAAAAAGGAGUAAACUUCUCUUGAUGAAUACUUAAUAAUGUCUAGAAGUGUUGAAGUAUUAUAUUGUACCUGAAACUAAUAAAACACUGUAUGUUAAUUGUACUUUAAAAAGGGGAAUAAAAAAUGAGAGUUAAAGAAUUUCUGGUGGAACUGGGUUUUUAUUUGGUCCUGAACAUGUUUCUCUUUUUAUCAUAUCAACAACCAUUUGUUUGUCAAUAUUGUUUUUCCUUUUCUGGUGGAGAUUGUUGUGUGUCUCUAGUUAGUUUCUCCAGACUACUAUCUGGAGGUGAGUUCCUGUGGACUGUAACAGAGGUUUGACUUUUGGACCUUUUGAAGGCAGCAUUUUUUUUGUGGAAAUGUCAGUGAAGCAAUUUCCUUUACCUUCCAAUGAAUGAAGCUUAGAAUGCUCCUGGACUUUAAUAAUAGCCAAAGCAGCAGGCUUAUUCCCUGCUUUUGGUGAUGGAUAUCCUCUAGUAUCUUCUUAAAGGGUGUGUGAAAGAUUUGAUGUGUGCCCACUGUUUCCUUCAGUGCUUGGUGGGCUGCUGUGAAGAUACAUCACCUUUUCCCUUUUUCCAAGAUGGCUCAAGAUUCAGUAGGCUUUUCUUCUGAUUACCAAUUUUGGAUGCAGAAACUUUCAUUGUGGGACCAGGCCUCCACUUUGGAAACCCAGAAAGACACCUGCCUUCAUCUGCCUCGAUUUCAGGAAUUCCUGAGGCAGAUGUAUGAAGUCUUGAAAGAGAUGGAUUCAAAUAUGAUCAUUGAAAGAUUUCCCACAAUAGGUCAACUGUUGGCAAAAACUUGUUGGAAUCCUUUUAUUUUAGCAUUUGAUGAAAGCCAAAAAAUUCUAUUAUGGUGCUUAUGUUGUCUGAUUAAUAAAGAACCACAGAAUUCUGAAGAACUGAAACUGAACUCCUGGACACGGGGCUUGCUAUCUCAUGUACUGUCAGCAUUCAAAUUUGAUACAAAAGAAGUUGGUCUUUUUAUUCAAGGUCUUGGAUAUGCACCUGCAGAUUACUAUCCUGGUUUGCUUAAAAAUAUGGUUUUAUCGUUAGUGUCUGAACUCCGAGAGAAUCAUCUUAAUGGAUUUAACACUCAAAGGCGAAUGGCUCCUGAAAAGAUAAGGUUCCUGUCGCGAGUUUGUGUACCACUUGUAACUCUGCCAGAUAUCCAACCACUGGUGGAGGCUCUGCUCACCUACCAUGGACAUGAACCUCAGGAAGUGCUCUGGCCUGAAUUCUUUGAUGCUGUGAAUGAGGCCUUCUUGCUGAAGAAGAUUUCUCUCCCCACAUCAGCUGUCAUCUGCCUCUGGCUUCGGCACCUUCCCAGCCUUGAAAAAGCAACACUGCAUCUUUUUGAAAAGCUAAUCUCCAGUGAGAGAAAUUUCCUGAGAAGGAUCGAAUGCUUUUUGAAAGAUUCAUUGCUGCCUGAAGCAGCCUGCUACCCUGCCAUAUUCAGAAUUGUUGAUGAAAUGUUCAGGUAUGCACUCCUGGAAACCGAUGGAGCCCCAGAAGUACUAGCCGCUAUUCAAGUGUUUACAUGGUGCUUUGUGGAAGCUCUGGAAAAACAAAACAAGCAGCUGAAGUUUACACUCAAGACCUACUUUCCUUAUGCUUCUCCAUCUCUUGUUAUGGUACUGCUUCAACACCCAAAAGAUAUCCCACAAAAACUGUGGCACCAGCCACUGAAACAUAUUUCUGAAAUGCUCAGAGAAAUAGUUGAAGACCAGACUCAUGGGUCCUACGGAGGCCCCUUUGAGUGCUGGUUUUUGUUCAUUCACUUUGGAGGAUGGGCUGACAUCGCGGCUGAGCAGUUAGUGAUGUCAGAAGCUGAACCCCCGGAAGCCCUGCUGUGGCUCUUGGCCUUCAGCCACAGUCCACGUGACAGGAGUCAGCAGCGAGCACAGACCAUGGUAGAGGUAAAGGCAGUGCUCAGCCACCUCAAGAAGCUGCUCAGAAGUCCAACUCUCUCAGCCAGGGAUCUACAGGCAGCAGCUGCAGAGAGCCAAGACAGAGACCCCAGACCACCUUCAUGUCAACAGCUGAUCAGGCACCUCCUCCUGAACUUCCUGCUCUGGGCUCCUGGAGGCCAUGCGAUUGCUCGAGAAGUCAUCACCCUUAUGGCUCCAACCGAUGAGCUAAGCCACGAGAUUGCUGGCUUUCUUGACCAGACCUUGUACAGAUGGGAUCGCCUCUGCCUGGAAGCACCUAGGUCAAGAAAACUGGCCCGAGAGCUCCUGGCUGAGCUGCACGCUCACAUCCAGCAUCGGCCGGCUGCACAUGGAGCUGCCGUGCAUGCAACAGGCUCCCCGAGAUCUCGUGACGAAACAAUGAGACUGAUUCAUCGUGGAACGAGUAGUGAGGAUGAGCCAUAGACAUCUUGGUGAGAGCUGCUAGAACAUAUUUUAUGAAGUCAGAAGACAAAUUCCUUAGCCCAAACUCAGUCUGGCUUAUUAGUUCAUGACUAGAUUGUGCCUUGAGCAUUCCCUACCUGCUCAGCCCAGCUGCCAGAGAAUCACUGAAGACAAGCCUUGAAUAGGAGAACACUUUCAUUUCCCUUUUUCCUUAUAUCAAAUGAAGAUACACAACUAUUACUUGAGUGGUUCAAAGUCUUUGGACCGAGAAAUUGGUCAUGAACCACUGAUCAGUUUAGAAGUAACUUAGUCCUUUUCCACAGAUCUCUUUUUUCAGAAAUCAGACUACUGUUAUUGGUGUUUCUUUUAAUCCACAGGGCUUUGAGAUAAAGCCACACUCUUGCUUCCCUAAGAAAUUCUUCACUAAGGAGUCUCUUGGGCACCUCCGAGGGGAAGCAGAGGCCAUCAGGCCCAGUAGCAAGUGGUAGUGACUGGGGCCACUGCUGUGGUGGGCAGUCAAGCCAGCUCGGCUGUGGAGAACAGUACUGCUUAGCAAUGAAAUAAAGCCGGUUCCAAUGCUAACUCUUUUUGCUUUCUGUUUGCUAAACACUCCCACCAAGGGAGCUCACAUUGCCUCAGAGAGGACUGAUGUGAGAAUAUAGGAUAUGUUCUGGAAGGAGACAUUAUAUUUCAGUUGUCUAAUUAACUGAGGUGGGAAUUAGAAAUUCCUAAUAAAGAAUAGGUAACCCCAGGGGCGCCUGGGUGGCUCAUUUGGUUGAGCAUCCGACUUCAGCUUGGGUCAUGAUCUCACGGUUUGUGGGUUCGAGCCCCACGUUGGGCUCUGUGCUGACAGCUUGGAGCCUGGAGCCUGCUUCUGAUUCUGUGACUCCCUCUCUCUCUGCCCCUCCCCUGCACAUGCUCUGUCUUUCUCUGUCUCUCAAAAAUAAAUAAAUAUUUAAAAAAAUUUUAAAAAAAAUAAGUAACCCUAAUAUUUAUUUCACAUCAGUUGAAAAUUUUUUCCCUUCCAAGUUUGUUUUUUUUCUUACAUGAGCUAAAAUCCUCCCAGGACCUCAC